CUCAAAAGUAUUUCUAUGAUUUUAAAAUGUUUAUUUAAAAUAGAAAACAUGUUCAAGCUUUUUAAAUGCGUUCGUCGCUCCUGGUCAUCAUCAUCGAGUUUUGAAAAGCAACCCGGAUGUAUAUCGCGUAUUUGGUUUGGACCUCUUCCAAAGAAUUCUGACUGGAUUAAACCAGGUCGCCUACAUUUUAUUGAAAAUGAUGUUGAAAAGCACGUAGACAUUAUAAAAACAUUGAAUGGGGAGCCGUAUACCAGGGAAUUUAUUCUGCUGACAGUGUAAAAAUGUCAGUUGGAGAAGCAGAUCUGGAGAAGUUUCCUCCCGAAGUUGGAGUUACCUUGGAACUUUGUGGAGGCGCCGUGGACAAGGAUAAAAGUGUUGCGGAAAUCGCCAAAGAGGAAGUGUUGGAGGAAUGUGGGUACGAUGUACCCACAGAAGAUCUGGAGCUUGUAUAUGAUUACAGAUCGGGUAUUGGAACUUCUAGUAGUUCGAUGUCCAUGUAUUAUUGUGAAGUGUGUGAUGAACAACGAAUCUCGAAAGGUGGUGGUGUAGAUAAUGAGGAAAUCCAGGUGGUGGAGAUGUCCUUGGAGCAGUCGCGAAAGCUGGUCGAAACAGGCGCCACCACUAAUGGUGGACCUUCCUGUAUGGUGGGAUUAUUAUGGUUUUUUCUCCACAAGGCUCCUAAGGUUUCUAAUUAGUAUUUCCUUAAAAUUUGUUGAAGGUUCACAAUAAAGUUUGUUGCAAAUAUCUUAUGCA